AUGCUGCCGAAGCCUUCGUUGUGCUUCACCAUCCCGAGCAUCCACGAUCAUAUCAAGCUUGACUGUCGAGUCUUUCACCCGGCGGGUCUAACGAAAACAUCGGCAGCUGCGACACCAUGGCGCCGACACGUUGCCAUUGUCGCGCACCCUUACGCGCCUCUGGGAGGUAGUUAUGAUGAUCCGAUUGUCGACUUGGUCGGGGGAACGCUGCUUGGGCUGGGUUUCAUGGUCGCCACGUUCAACUUUCGAGGUGCCUCGUCAUCGUCGUCAGGCGCUCGCACAUCCUGGACGUCGAAACCCGAGCAGGCCGACUACAGUUCAGUCGUCGCCUUCAUGACCUACUAUGCACACUACCUUGACUCGUCCGACGGUAUAAACGCCGAACAUGCGCCGAUGCCGCCAGUCAUACUCCAAGCUGGCUACUCCUAUGGCGCACUGGUCACCACCAAGGUCCCACCCCUUGCAGACAUUCUAGCGCCGUUUGACAGCCCUCCCGUGGGUAGCGAUGCCGCCGAUAUUCGACUCCGGGCGCAGCACCUUGCUGAGCAUCAUAACCGAAUCGCCACUGGACCUGCCUCUCCGCGUCGGACCAUGGGCAUGCGAGUCGGCGGGGACGAAGAUGUUUCACGCAAGAGUCAAGAUGUAUCAAGACUCAAUCCUCAAGAUCUCGAGGACAGGAUACGCAGGGGGGUCAAAGAUCUGCUUGCGAGGACGAAGCGGGUGCACAAAACCCACAGGCGCAAGACAGAUGGGCAGGCCGAGGAGAUACUACAUCAAGUGGAAUGCAUGGCCAAGGUGGAAGAUCUGCAGGCCUUUCGCAGUGCGUACCUGGUGGUCUCUCCCCCCAUUGGUUAUGUCACCAACUUGGCCACCAUGUCCAUCCCAAAUCCCUUCAGCGGCUGGUGGCGCAGGACUGGUGGUCGGCAUGGCCAUGCCAACACCACCCACGACGCCGCAGGAGGCACCGAAAGCGAUGCCUCGGAAAUGAAGCUCGUGCACAACCCAACCUUGGCUAUCUACGGAGACCAUGACAGCUUCGUCAUGCUACGGAAAAUGCGCGAGUGGACAAACAGACUCAUGACGGAGACUACAACCCUCUUUCGUGCCGUUGAAGUAUCCGGCGCCGGCCACUUCUGGAUGGAAGAAGGAACCAUUUACAAACUUCGCGAUGCGGUUGGAGCUUUCGGAACAGAACUUCUGAAUGCCCAAGCGCUUCCGCAUGGGACCGGUACUUGA